AUGAACUUCUCUGGAUUCUCCCUCAGCCCGCCCCGCGCGGGCGCGACCUUCACCCCAACCCGUACGACGCGAUCAAAGUCCGCCGACCUCACCGACGCAAGCCCCAAGGCGGCCCUCGCCGGCUUCUCGGCCCUCGAGGUAUCGCCAAACCCCAACAACGCCAUGACCGCCACCCUCGACUCCCUCAACCUGGGCGGCCUCACCACGCCAACCAAGGCUAGCGCCUCCGGUGCCUCGGGACUCUCUCCCAUCCCCAAAUCGACCUCAAAGAAGAACGCGCCAAAGUUCAAUGCUUUGUCCCUCGCCGACGACAACGAGGACUUUGCGCGGCCCGCGAAGUCGCCCAGGACACCAAAGACCGCCAGCAAGAAGGGCACCGGCUCGCCUAGGAAGCGCGUCAACCUCUCCGCCGGAGUCUCCAUCCUGUCCCUGCACCGCGAGAGGAACAGCAUGUCGCCUCGGAAGACGCCUUCGCCUAGAAAGCUCACGCUCGUCGAGGAUGCCAGCUUCAUGUCGGUUAACGGUUCGACGCCCAAGAAGGCUUGCGACCUCUCGCCGAGCAAGUCGAGCCCCCUCAAGUCUUCUUUCCGCACCGGCAAGACCCCCUCGCCGAAGAAGGUCUCGUUUGCCGACGAUGCGAGCUUCGCUUCUGCCUGCGCAUCCACGCCCAAGUCCCCUCGCGACUUCUCGCCAAAGUCUACCCCUUCGAAGCCUGAGGUCACCGAGUUGUCGAUCAUGUCGACCACAUCACCUACCCAGUCACAAACAUCACACGACUUGUCGCCUGCGCCGGACGCGAACACAUGCGAAGAGGAGGAUGAGCUGAGCUUAGUAGAGACACCAUCCAAGACACGGAAUGCGGAGGAGAGACAAGAGCCUAGCUCGCCCGUGGAUUCUCCGUCCAAGAUGUUCCAGUCGCCCUCAAAGGCUUCCGAGACAAGCGCCAUGUUUCAAUCCCCUUCCAAACUUGACGUUUCGAUGCACGACGUUACUUGGAUGUCCGACUACGCACCAUCCGCCCCCUUCCAAGAAUACGACUUCGCGACCACGAAGCUCACCGAAACCGCGCAAAUGCUCUCUGGACCCUUCCGCCCCGAGCUGUUUGAGGAAGCCGACUUCUCCUCCGCCCUGUCUGCACCCUGGUCGUUCCCGAUGUCCCAGAUUGCCCAGAAGCACGUGCGGGCUGUGAACAGGAAGAAGUUGCAGCGUCGCAAGAGGAAGGAGGUCAGGAAGAUGCGCGUGGAGAAGGCCAUUCGCGAGCAGGUUGCUGAGUCGCUCGACGUCAACGAGCUCGAGGCUGCACCUCAGUUCCGUAUCAUUGCGUCUAGAGGCCAGCUGACGUAUGCCGUCUGCUCUCGCAAGAGGCAGAGGGUGACGGAAGAGGCCGAAGACAGCGAUGCGCUUUGGUUCGAGGGUGAAGAAGACGGCAUUGCCUUGCUCAUUGAGGCCAGACGUGUUGUCCGCAACGAGUUGUACGAUGUCCCGAUGGGCCCGACCGUUCAAGAGAUGCGCCGCCAAUACCAUGCGGAUAUGAAGAAGUUUGGCGAGCCCCUUCAGUCAGUCCUCGGAAAGAGGAAUUACGACUCGAUCCCUAAGCGCGCCUACAACAACGACCUCCUCACCCACAACAUCAUGCAGCCUCUGCUGUCGUUCCCCAUGCCUGAGCUCAGCUUCGAGUUCGUGCUCUCCCACGCCAUUGCCGAGUCGGAUAAGGCCCAGGGUCGGCGGUCUCGGAGGACGCGCAACGUCAGACAGCCCAUCGCGAUCUACGGCGAGCCCGAAGUGUCUGUCAUCGAAGAGGAGGAGGAGCCUCAGAGCCCGACGCGCAAGCUGCCUCACUUCCCGUCGACCGCCACCCAUCAGUCGAGUGCUAGUCGCAAGCUCAGGCUGGAGCAAGGCGGUGAUAACAUCCGCGCCAAGCUUGCCUCUCUUGCUUCGAUCCCCGAGCCAGUUUCCCCUGUCGACGAGCCGCUGUCUUCACCCAUUGGGCCUGGCUUCACCUUCGAGUGCCCUUCGUUCAUUUCAACCCCCAGCGUCACCAAGAACAGUGACCAGGAUGAAACCGAGGUCGUCGAAGACGCCAAGGAUGAUGAGCAAGAGACAGAGCAUUUCGAGGAGACCGUUGCCAGCCCCAUCGUCGUGUUCAAGGACCGCACCCCUGGCGCCAUUACUCCCAAAGCCGCUUUCAAGAAACGACGCUCUCUCCCCGCCGCCCGCCGCCUCUCCUUCUCCACCCCCCUCCGUCGCACUUCCCUUCCCGCUGCCGGUUCCGACCAGCCCUCCUUGGUGCAGGAUCUUCGUGAUCCAGCAUCGGAGUCGCUGGUGGCUGCUCCCACUCCCGUGGUCGAGCUCCCUGCGGUGCAGAAUCCCCUCGAGGUUGAUUCAGCAUCACAGGCGGAUACCCAGGCUUCACCAGCUCCCGCUGGCGGCGCGUCGGACGCCGGAAGCUCUUCCCCUGCUUCCGUUGUCGUCGAUGUGAGGGAGAACCCGGACAUCUUUGGAUCUUCUCAGGACAGAACCGGCUCGCCCGUUCAGGCUUUAGCGUCGUUGGCGCGUGUGUUUGAGGAUUCGAUUGAGGAGGAGGAUGGAAAGGUUGCUGUCGAGAGGGCCGAUGGUCGCAUGGUUGUCCGGUUUAAGGUGUCGGAUGAGCACGCUGCUCUGUUUGCCGCCGAGGAGGCCGCUUCGCCUGUUUCUGCCGAGGCCGAUACCACCGAGGUCGACGACGCUGCGCAACCGCUUUCGCCUGCCGUUCUCCCUGCGUCGCCGUCACCAGCCCCUGCUGUCGCCAUGAUUGAGGAGGCGACCACGGAGACGAAGGACGAUGAAGAUGUUGCGGGGGACAUGAAUGACGAGGAAGACGAGGAGAUCGUUCAGGUUCCCACCGUGUCUGUGACCGAGGAGGUGGAGGACGAUUCCGAGCUGGCGCUUCUUAGGAGUUUCGUCUCUCGGCAUGCGGCCUCCCGCGCUGCCAGGGCCGCCGAGGCCACUGCCACCACCCUCGCUCCCGCUUCCCCUGUCCCGACAGCCCCCAUCCGCCUCGCCGCAACCCCCGAGCGCCGCCCCCAGGGCAUCUGGGCCGACACCCCUGCGUUCUCCGUCUCCUCUGCCGAGCGCCCUCGGCCUUCCCCGGCGGUGUCGUCGGCCCGCCAGCCUCUUGGCGUGCUUGACGCCAACAGCCCGAGUCCCAAGAAGAUCAAGCGAAAGGCUGAUGACGUUGAGGAGAAGGACCCUUCGCCAGAGAAGCCCCCGUCCAAGAAGACCCGCAAGACUAAGGCCAACAAGCCCGAGAAGGAGCCGAAAGAUGACAAGAAGGAUGAGAAGAACGACAAGGACGAGAGAAGCGAGGCAGACGGAAAAGACGAGAAGAGUGAGGCAGACGAAAAGGACGAGAGUGAUAGACCCCUCGAAGCCGACCCCGAUCCCGACGCUCCUGCCCCUCGCGUACGCACCCGCGCUCAACGUGCCGCCGCCCGAGGAGAGCCUACACCCGCGACCAAGAUCCCUUUGCGACACCAGGGCUAUGCCAAGGUGCGCAACGGCGAGAAGGACCUCGCCACCCUCACCAGGCAAAACACUCGUUCCAACAAGGGCAGCGCGCUUCACGUUGAGGAUAUGCUCGCCCAGCUCAAGGACGCGCCCGAGGGCAUCGAGACGAGAGCGGCGGCUGCGGCCAGGAAGGACGGUAAGAGCGUCCAAUGGGCGGAAAAGCUGGCAAGGAGCCAGUCUGAGGAGCCUCCCCUCUUGUCCCCGUCGCCCGAGUUGAGCCCUGCGGAGGAGAAAGAGGUCGGCAAGGCCACGAGGAAGAAGGCCGCGGGCACGCCGAGGAAGGCGAGCGCCCAGGCGACCAAGUCUGCGAAUACCACCACAACGAAGACGACGAAGACGGAGGCGGCACCGAAGACUGCCGCCAAGGCUACCAAGUCCGCGGCGCCCUCGAAGCUCCGUCAACCGAGCACCCCAGCCGCUGCCGGUGGCCCUAAGACGGAAGGGGCCAAGGUCACCAAGACGACGAGAAAGGUGACGCCGGCGGCUAAGAAGGAGAUUGGCAUGAGUGUCAACGGCACCCCGGCGCCGGCCAAGCGCAGCCGCAGAAUCGCGGAGAAGAAGUGA